ACUGGUUUUUCUCGCUUCGAACAAUCUCCCAUCGAAUUCUUCUAUCUCUCCUCCUCAUCAUCAUCGCACCUCAAAAACCCUAAUUCAAACACUUAAACCUCUUCAAGAAACUCAAACAUUUCACAUCUGUUCAUCAAUUCUUUACUACAAAUCAACGAGAAAUCAUCCAUUCCUAUAAUACAAAUAAACGGAGAAGCCUUAUCUUUGUCUUCUUCGUAAGAAUCCUCCUGAAUGUCUGCAUCCAGAGCGACUCGCAGUCGUCGAGGCGGUGAAGACCGUUUCUACUGUCCACCCGCGAUGCGAAGGUUGCAGCAGCAGCAGCAGCAACAACAGAGAUUACAUCCGAAUAGUAAUAAAUCUUCCAAGCCAAGUUCCAAGGCAUCUUCAUCUGAUGCCGAUAGGAGAACCGACUCGGAGACAUCGUCAACUACGAAGGAACUUCCAUCUGCGCCUUCUUCAUCGCUUUCGACACCGAGAGCAAGUGAUUUAACUAAUUUAGAUCGAUUUCUGGAACACACCACUCCUUGGGUUCAAGCUCAGCAUGUAUCCAAGAUGUCCAUGAGGGCAUGGAGAAUGCGCGAGCAUAGCCCAAAUCCAUACUUCAUACUUGGGGAUCUUUGGGAAUCCUUUGGAGAAUGGAGUGCAUAUGGAGCUGGAGUUCCUCUUGUUAUGAAUGACAUUGACUCUGUUGUGCAAUACUAUGUUCCGUAUCUGUCUGGUAUUCAGUUGUAUAUAGAUCCAUUAAAGUCGGCAAUGAAACUCAGGAGACCUGGUGAGGAGAGUGAUGGAGAUUCAUCAAGGGAUAGUAGUAGUGAUGGGAGUAAUGAAUACAGUAGAGAGAGUAAUGGAAAUAACCACCAGGCCAGUUGGAGCCAGCACAAGAGAGGUCAUAAUGCUGUAACUGGAUCAUCAAGUGAUGAGAGUGACGUCACUAAUCCUCCUGGUUUGCUUACAUUUGAAUACUUUGAGCAGGAUUCGCCUUAUGGCCGUGAGCCUCUUGCUGACAAGAUUGUAGUGUUGGCCUCUAUGUUUCCUAAACUGAAAACAUUUAGAAGCUGUGAUCUAAAUCCUGCAAGCUGGGUUUCUGUAGCUUGGUACCCGAUUUACAGAAUACCAACAGGUCCCACAUUAAAGAAUUUAGAUGCAUGCUUCUUAACAUUCCACUCUCUAUCAACACCUACUAGAGGUGUGAAUAGUAGCAGUGAGUUGGAUAAUCCUGGCAAGUUGUCGUUACAGACAUUUGGGCUUGCUUCGUAUAAGUUCAAGGCAGAUAUAUGGAACUCGAAUGGAGUUCAUGAAAGCCAGAAAUUCAGUUCUCUGUUGAAUGCUGCAGGUAACUGGCUUCGUCUUUUGGAAGUUAACCACCCCGAUUACACCUUCUUCUCCUCUCAUAACUCUCAAUGGAGAUAGAUUGAUAGAUAGAAAGAAGAACGUGGUGUGUGCUGGAAAACGAUUUAACUGUUUUUUUUUUGUUUUGGUUUUUAAACGCUGCGUUCACUUAAACCUGUAUUGACUGUCUAUUUCAUGCACCACCAAUCUGUUUGUUAGUGAAUGUAUGUGUGGGUCGAAUAAUGUGGCUCGUUUAGUUAAGAGCGUAUUUUUCUUGAAAAGUCUUGUUAAUUUAUCAUAAACCUUAUUAUAUGAUGGCAGUAUUGAAAGAUGAA